AAAGAUUUCAACAAAAGGAUUAAAUUUCAGUCGAUAAUACUUUGGUAUCAUCAAUGAUGGACGCAGGCUUCGGAGCCAUUGGCGUCGUUUCACUUGCUUUGCAGCUGAUUGAAAGCAUCGACAAGAUACAGAAGUUUAUCAAGUCCCUCAAAAAGGCACCCGAGCAUAUUCGCUCAAUCAGUGGCUCUCUGGAAGAUAUAUCCGACGUCUUGGAUGCCAUUCGGGAGGACCAGCUUGUGUAUGAGGGAAACAAGAGCAUAAAAAAGGCCUUACUCAGAUGUGAAAAAUGCAUCAACGAUAUACGCACCAUUAUCGAGACGCUAGAGCCAGGAUUUAGCUCGACGCAUAGAAUCUCCCGUGUUUGGACUGCGAUUCAGACUUCGAGGGCUGAUGAGGACAUACAAAAAAUCGAGCGCAGGCUGGAGGCGGCAAAGACUACAUUGGGGCUAGCACAGAACAGUUCGCUGAAAUCGCUGAUGAUUGUGCAGCAUCAAGAGGUGUUGAAAAGGAUUUCACCGACAGACUCUUUGAAAGCGCGCGACGCGACUACCAAGGAUAUUAUUGUGUCCUCUCACGGCAGCGAGCAAGGGCAUCUUCAAGAUUUUCGAAAUGAGAUUGACCGGAUUAGCAGCUCGUGGGCGCCAUCCGUGAUGGGCAAUCAAUUCAAGAAACGACUGAUGGCAGUAGUCGAACAGACGGUGGAAAAAUGCUAUGGCAAAGAUAUUGGGGCCGAAUCGAGCGUCGUCGAGAUAUACCCCAACGGUUGUCAAUCCCAAGUUGAUGAUAUUGAGAUUCGAAGAAAGAAACAGCGGACUAUAAAGCAACGGACAUAUACAGAAACGCACACCAUGUUUGGAAGAUUCGAAUGUGAGACGGUUGGCUACACACAAUCGAAGCGACGAGUGGCCGAACAUCAAACAGACACAGAAGAAGACAGUGGGCUGUCCACGUCUCAUACCACUCGCUUCAGAUUUGUCCCUUCAGCCUGGUUGAAAUUCUUCCGCAUGAGUUGUGUGAUAGAGCUUAAGCUUUCCAAAUUGGAUAUAACGGGCUGGACUAGUACGGUAAAAGCUUGGAACCUUGUAUCGUCAGAUUCCGAAAUAUUUCAUCUGUGUAGAGAAGGCGACGUUAAAGGUAUUCAGACGCUAUUCAGCAAAGGACUUGCUUCGCCAUUUGACGUUGACCAGAAUGGAUUCACGCCUUUGCAUAUAUCUGCUUUCCAUUAUAAGCAAAAAGCGACGCGAUUUCUCUUGCAGGAAGGCGCAGACUGGACGGCGACAACAAAUCGUAAAUAUUCUUGGGCGACACCGUUCGCUCAUGCGCUAGACCCUUUUUUACCUCACCAGAUUGCAGAUUGUACUCGUUCUACACCGCGGGUUAGGCUCUCAAUAUUGAACGAAUUAAUCUCGUUUUCUGAUGGCUUAGAGGAAUCAUUAACGACUAGUCCUCUCUCGCGCUUUGUUUUACAAGCAUAUUGCGGAAUGGUUCUCGCUGCUUUGAAAGAUCUUCAUCCACGUCUUGACACGUCUCUUGCUUGGCUUAUGAAAAGUAUAAAACAUAUUGAAGGGGUUGGUCACAUAUACAUUUCUCAGGCAUUGGCCGAAUGCCUAGCAUUCGCUCUGUACCACGAGGGAGCAAGAUGUGAUGCCUUGGGUGCUUUGGAACUUUGCGACACCUUGACAGUCCAGCAGUUUGUGCUGCAGUGGAUAUCAGGAUAUGAUCCUUCGUGGGUCAAUUACGAGGAGACAGUGACCGAGAACGUAAAAAUUCGGCCUGAGAUAAUCCGUAAACUCAUCAGAAAGUGUGGGGAUCUUCAUUUCACAUACAAUCAAGUUAUCAGCAGUGGACCUUGUUGUGGGAACACGAUACUGGCGCUUGCACUCUCGAAACGUAUCUACUUUGACAGGUUCAAAUUGCUUCUGGUCCGGUCCGGCAUCUCGAUUGAAAAUUUUGUGCGGGACGCGAUCCCUUCCCUGGGACAAGGCUGGACGGAACAGGCUUUACUGUCAGUGUUCUCGGAUGAAGAUUUAACUGAAGGCCACAAUAAAUGCGACGCGUGCGUCCCAAGAAGGUUUGGUCUCGACCUACGCAACUUUCAUUAUAUAUCAAGAUUGGAACGACACAAGAAUGGGGUCAGAAUCGAUGAUUGUUUUUCAACAGCAACGGAGAUGAAGCAACGAUUACGAAUAGACACUGAAGAUUUCCUCGCUCGAAAAAAUCUUUCCUGGCUUUAUUGGUAUCAUCAAGUUAGAGAGAUAUUCGUAACCAUCGACCCGAACACAGUAGCCUGUAUGUGUUUCAUGAGAAAGACAGUAUAUGCUAUGGAUAGCGGGACAUUACGAGCAAUGAUUCGAGAUACCAUUAUCUACGAAAAGACUGGCUACAGCUUUCUCUCACCACCAGGUAGUCCAAAGCUAAUUCCAAUCGUCAAGCUUUGCCAUCCCAAUGACGACAAGACCUUUUUCGACGACGAGGAGAGCUCGCCUUUCUUGUUGGACAUUGACAUCUAUCAGCCAAGCACCGGCUCCUUAUUCACCCUACUUUUCGAAAUUGUCAUUCGUUGUCUCUUGUCAUUCAAAUAGCAGGCCCUCUUUAUUUCAAAUUGUUUUCUGUCCAGCUCUUACUCUGAACUUUUUUGCUCUUCCAGACCAGCCAGUCGCUACCUUCAAAAUAUACAAGCCACUCUUUUAUAAACUUUCCGUUCCGUCUUCCGAUUGCAAUGAUUCCGUCCCAUUCUGACACUGUCCAUCUCUUCAUUCCAAUAGAUUUCAUGUUUCGACUGGCCAAAAAUCUAAACGAAUGCAAAGUCUGAGCAAUCCUACUGUCCUACAAUACUCCACGAAUUCUUUUCAGCUAUAGCAUACAUACACGGCAUAAAACAUACAAUGCACGGUACAUGGUAUGUGGUAUACCUUACCAAGUCACCGAUAGACUAUAGUCCAUAGACUCUAUUGACUAUAUAACCCUAAAAACUAUACAAUCUAUCAAGAC